AUGUUCUUCAAGCUCUCCUCUGCUGUCGUGGUUGCCACCUCGUCGCUCGUCAUCCUUGCGGCCGCCUCCCCGACCGAUCUGACCGAGCGCGGGGGGUCCGCGCCCGCGGGCUGCACCACUGGCAGCACCCAGUGCUGCAGCAGCACCUCUUCGACGAGCGACCCACUCGUCAGCACCAUCCUCGGGCUGCUCAACAUCGUCGUCUCGGGCGUGGACAUUCCGAUUGGCCUCGGUUGCUCUCCCCUCAACAUCAUCGGCAUCGGAGGCAACACCUGUACCAACAACGUUGUAUGCUGUGACAACACUGACGAUGCCGGAGGCUUGCUCAGUGGCCUCAUUGGUAUCGGGUGCAUCCCCAUCAUCGCGACACUCUGA